UAUAUACCAAGUAAUCUGGCCAAAAAAUAGGGCCUUCCCAAAUCCAGUCGCGGUUUCCAACAGUUAAGGGCGUCUAGUGAAACAAACCGCCAAGAUGUCAGAAAAAAAGAUGUCCUCAAGUCGGAAGCAUCACUUAAAGAGUUUGAUGCUGUCCAUUGCCAAAGGCCUGCUAGAGGAGGAGGAGAGAGAGCGGGAGGAGGAGAGGGAGCGAUACAUGGAUGAAAACUGCCCCCCUCUGUCCCUGCCCCGGAGCAUGCAAGAGUUACAAGAAGUGUGCAAAGAAAUCCACCGCAAAAUUGAUGUGAUUGAUGAGGAGCGAUAUGACCUGGAAAUGAAAGUUAACAAGUCCAACAAAGAGAUUGACGACCUGAAGAUCAAAGUCCAGGAUCUGAUGGGCAAAUUUAAGAAGCCAGUUUUGAGGAAAGUACGUAUGUCCGCGGACGCCAUGCUCAAAGCUCUGCUGGGCUCCAAACACACAGUCAACCUGGACCUGAGGGCCAACCUCAAACAGGUCAAGAAGGAGGUCAAGGAUGAGGAUAAGGAGCUGCGUGAUGUUGGUGACUGGCGUAAAAACAUAGAAGACAAGUCUGGCAUGGACGGAAGGAAGAAGAUGUUUGAGGCCGAGGCUUAGAUCACAGACUUUAUCUCCCUAAUAUCUGCCUGCCCCUACAUCACCCAAUUCUCUUGC